AUUUUAUUAAUUUUCACUUGUAUAUAUAAAAUAUUUUAAUUCAGCAUGCCUUCUCCAACUGGAAGAGAGACCCCACGAACCCCUCAUCAAAGAGGUGACGGUUCAGAGACACCCGCAAGAGACGAGGUACCAGAAACGCCAACUACUGGAACCCCUAGUAGAAGAAGAGCUCAAACCCCAAGACAGGAUGUAUCUCCAGCGAAAAGUGUAGCUUCUUCGACCAGAACUCCUAGAAAGAGAGCUGCUACGCCUGCAAAAAGUGUCACCUCUUCUGUUGACACUCCUAUGCGAUGGGGUGCACCCAGAAGAGAUGUAGACGCUUUGAGUGAGAUACCACCGUCCCCUGCACAUAGUUUAGCACCAACUAGUCCUGGUACAGCCCUGGCCAUAAGUGAAAUUGACUUGAGUUCUCCUCUAAACUAUGGCACGCCGAGUUCGUUAGGUUCCAUUCGGACCCCGAGGUCUGGUAUAAGAGGCACUCCUAUUCGAAUGAGGCCCGAUGUAAGAUCUGAUAAGAGAAUUCGACAGGUUAAUGUUGGCGCUGAUGCUGCGCUUGAGGCAAUACCAGAAAGUCAAGAAUCAGAUUCUACCGCACCGCAUUUAGUGAUCUGGGGCACGAAUGUCUCUGUAGCUGAAUGCAAAGAGAAAUUCAAGCAGUUCAUCCUGCGGUUCAUAGAUCCAAAUGCCGACGUUGAUGAAAGAACUGACGAUAUGAAUCUCAAUGAACCUCUUUACUUACAAAAGCUAGAAGAAAUUCAUACCUUGGAGGAACCGUUCUUAAACGUAAAUUGCGCCCAUAUAGAAACGUACGAUGCCAAUUUAUACAGGCAAUUGGUUUGUUAUCCGCAGGAAGUUAUACCUACGUUCGAUAUGACAGUCAAUGAGAUGUUUUAUGAACGUUACCCCGCUGCCGUGUUGGAACAUCAAAUCCAAGUUCGUCCUUUCAAUGCUGAGAAAACUAGAAACAUGAGGUCCUUAAACCCGGAAGAUAUCGACCAACUUAUAACGAUUUGCGGUAUGGUGAUUCGCUCAUCCAAUAUAAUGCCGGAGAUGAGGGAAGCUUUUUUCAAAUGCAUCGUUUGCCAAUUUACAACGACGGCAGAGAUCGACAGGGGUCGUAUCACCGAACCGACUUUGUGCUCCAGCUGUAAUACCAAUUACUGUUUUACGUUGGUGCAUAACAGGUCCCAAUUUACCGAUAAGCAGAUGAUAAAGUUGCAGGAGUCUCCAGAUGAUAUGCCGGCUGGCCAAACUCCGCACACCGUGGUUCUGUUUGCUCACAAUGAUUUAGUCGACGCUGUUCAACCCGGCGACCGUGUCACCGUGACUGGUAUUUACAGAGCCCAACCCAUGCAGGUGAAUCCACGCAUGAGGAAUAUCCGUUCGGUGUACAAGACGCACAUAGACGUGUUACAUUUCCGAAAAAUCGACCAUAAGAGGCUCUACAAGGAAGAAGACGGUAAGGACCACCUUUUCACUCCUCAAAGGCUGAAAUUGAUGGAAGAACUUGCAAAGCUGCCCGACGUCUACGAUAGACUGGCCAGGGCGCUGGCACCUUCUAUUUACGAGAACGAGGACGUUAAGAAAGGAAUAUUGUUGCAGUUAUUCGGGGGCACCAAGAAGACUUUCGUUUCGUCCGGCCGAUCAAAUUUCAGGGCAGAAAUAAAUAUUUUGCUGUGCGGUGACCCGGGCACCUCGAAGUCUCAGUUGCUGCAAUACGUCUACAAUUUAGUACCGAGAAGCCAGUACACGUCUGGAAAGGGCUCCUCAGCGGUUGGCCUGACCGCCUACGUUACUAAAGAUCCCGAAACCAGACAGCUCGUCCUCCAAACCGGCGCUCUGGUUCUAGCUGACAACGGCAUAUGUUGCAUCGACGAGUUCGACAAGAUGAACGAUUCCACUCGUAGCGUUCUUCACGAGGUUAUGGAACAACAGACUCUCAGUAUCGCCAAGGCCGGUAUUAUCUGUCAAUUAAAUGCGAGAACUUCUAUUUUAGCCGGCGCCAAUCCAAGCGAGUCGCAGUGGAACAAAAAUAAAACUAUCAUAGAAAACGUGCAGUUGCCGCAUACUUUGCUGUCGAGAUUUGAUUUGAUUUUCCUAAUCCUGGAUCCGCAAAAUGAGUUAUUCGACAGGAGGCUGGCGCGGCACUUGGUUUCCCUCUACUACAAAACAAGAAAUGAGGAGGAGGACGAAAUUCUGGACAUGUCUAUCCUAAGGGACUACAUCGCGUACGCAAAGGAACGGGUGCACCCGAAACUAAGCGACGAGGCCGCCCAAAAACUCAUCCAGUCCUACGUGGACAUGCGUAAGAUCGGCUCGGGUCGGGGACAAAUAACCGCAUACCCCAGACAGCUCGAAUCGCUGAUUCGCCUUUCGGAGGCACGCGCCAAGGUGCGUUUUUCGCAGACCGUCGAAAUCGAAGACGUGGAGGAGGCAUACAGGUUGCACCGUGAGGCCUUAAAACAAUCCGCCACGGAUCCGCUCUCCGGUAAGAUCGACGUCGGCAUACUGACGACUGGUUUGAGCAGCGCCGCUCGUAAACGUAGGGCGGAAUUGGCGCAGUCGGUCAAGAAACUGAUAGAGAGCAAGGGGAAGGUUCCCCUCAUUAAUUAUCAGAAGUUGUUUAUGGAACUGAAAGAGUCUUCCAAUGUGAUGGUAACCCGUGAGCAAUAUGAGGAUGCGCUGAAGGAUUUGCAAGAUGACGGGUUGAUCGUUGUGAUGGGUAAAACUUCGAUACGUGUGUGUAACAACAGGGAUUAAAGUUUUUUAAUAUGAUUAUAUCAAUAGCUUUAAGUUUUAAUUUUAUUACAUUUUUAUG